CACGAAUCGGCCUCGUGCGUGAAGUCCCUGCAUUGUAUCACGCCUGUUGCAAGUAUCUAGCGAAUUACCGUUUAGCGAUGUGGCCUGGAGACGUCGCGGUUUGCUCUAGUGUCCUGGCCCAAGCGGACAGAUUCCCUUCGUGGUGGUUCUGCGGAGCCGCGCUGGCAGUUAUGAAGCACCACGCCAAACACUACUCGGCUGAGGAUAUCCAGCGCAUGCUCCAAGCCUAUGCAAAACACGGACGAGGGGAACGCAGAGAACGGAAAUAUCUUCCGACGAGAGGACUUGAUGCGAGUAAGAACUACCCUGUUAGUUGUGUCGAAGAUGAUUAUGGAGCUGCAGGUGUUGAAACCUUAUCAACAAGUGAUGCUGCUACAUCAUCGUCCUCUGGCCAAUUCUCAGGACUUGUAGAUAGAUCGGACCCAGAUAGACGCGACUUCGAUUCCGCCACCAUGAAAUCCUUAGUGAAAAAGACCAUCGGUCGUAUCCUAUACGAGAGAUACUAUAGCGGAGACCGUAAGAUGUUCCAACUGACUGCGUUGGGCCAAAGUGUGGCUUUUGACUCGUCUACAGAUCUUCUGACGCCUGCUACAGAGACGGACCAGUCCAGCACAGAGGAAUCUAGUACUUCCAUCAGGAAAGGAAUAUCUAAAGAUCCGCAGCACCAAGGUCCUCAUCGUCAAAUGUUGCAUUUUGACACUAGGCUCAGCAUUGUACCGUUGGCACGAAAAUCAGUCCGCACACUGUUAUCUUUCAACAGUGAGGCGUUUGUCAAAAAGGCAACGGCUACAACAGCCAAAUUUGGUGGAGAUGCUCUUCACAGUUACAGAAGAACAAACUCCGAUGUUGAGGAUUCAAGCACGACCUCUGGUCCUCCUGGUGGCAGACGCAGUCGUCGCCGCAUAUUACCGCAUGAGGAAGCAUCGCCGAACUCAAACUUGCGCGCACUGCUCAGCUCACAGAAGCAUUUGGAACGCAGACUGCGAAUGCUUCCGAAAAGCCUCCGAGGAAGCCGACCGUUCUCGCUACUUGCUCAUUCGUACAAGGGUGGGCCGAAAGCAACCAGAGUUAGGCGCGAACUCCAACGCGUCCAAUGGUUGGGCAAACAUAAACCACAAAUGCUGACUCAACAUCGGAUUACACGUGCGGUUCGCCUGCUGAAAACGAAAACCGGGAGAAAGAAAAACCGAAAAUCUUCUAAGUCCUCUUCAGGAGGUGGAGGUCUACUAUCUUCAGGAGGUUCGGAUAAUCCAGCAGUUGAGAAUCGUAAAGCCUUGAGAGAAAUGGUCACGACUUUGGCUAAGCAAGUCGAACGCAUAAUUGUACAAGUGCAACAGGAGGACGACAGAGCAACAGAUAAUUCAUGCUCAUCACAGUUACGGGACCAAGUCCAAAGGCUGCCAAUAUUUCCAUACUUGUUAGCUCUUACUCGACUCGGAUGGCGUGAAGAAAGCACGUAUGUGGCGCUUUUUCGGCAACUGGAACCUCACAUUUGGAAAGAAAAUGCUGAUGAUGUUGAUGGAACGAGUGAACAAGCUGAAAGUGCAAGACAACUCACUAGUAGAAGUUGCAACUACUCUUCGGCAACGCAGCGCGUGUUUGUGCACUUUUUGCACGUCUUAGUUGCAGCGAAGUUGCGAAAGGUCGAUACUGCGAGGGAAGUGGAGGAAAGCUUGGCCAAAAAAGCGGCGCUUCUAGGUGGUCGGUACUAUCAUGAUUACCUGCUCCACGAUGGUCUAGGUGUCAACACAGUAACUACGGAGGACCAAGCGCUAAAGAACACAGACCUAUUGGUUGCUCUAUGCGCUACCAUGAAUUUAGAAAGGCUCAUGGGCUAUCGCACGACCAGCGACUCGUCGAUGGAUGCUUUUUAUCGGGAGUUGCGUGAAAAAGUAGUUUCGGUCUUCCAAAGGCAACACGUUGAACAAAAAGCCUCCGCGACUUCUAGUGCAACGACAAGGACGUCGAGAACGACACUGAGGCACCUAAAGAGUCUUUUUUUCUUAGCGCCAGGUGCAUUAGGCACAGCUUUCCUACCGAUGCGCGAUCGAGCCAGCAUGCUAAGUGCAAUAAGUCGACAAGGAAGCCUGCUGGAACCACACGACCUCUUGGAUAUACUGGCGGUAGCGGUGAUGGAAUAUUUAGUACCUCCUUCAAAUUCUACUUUAAGGUCAACAUUUAGUGUCCAUCUUUCUCGGCAUCUCGUUCUCGGUACAACCGUUCUCCCUUGUUGUAUUCUCAUGAAAUAUACAAGGUAUUAAAAGGAGGGGCCAAAAAGACUACUUCUCAUGAAUAUUACAAGGUUGUACUUCUGCUCUAACUACUUUCGAUAAUAGCUAUUCAUGGAGCCUGGCGAAUGACGUGAGCCUUUUGCGGCUACUGCGAGCAACGGAUUUGGUACUCUCUGACUAUAGUGUUGACAACUUACUGCGUCUGGCUGCAAUCUAUAGACAUUUGCAGAAGCGCGACGAAGGUUCUGGUCAAACUUUUGGGAUACAUCCUGAACCUGAGCAAACUACAUCAAAAACCAUAAGUAGAUCGAUGGGUGAAGAAGAGGAAGAGGAGAGCAAGGCCCUGCUUAUCAAGGAUGUGAAGGGGAACACCAUCGACAAUUUAUUCCUACCUAAAUUCGAGAAGCACCUGACAUCCACCUUGCGCCAAAAGCUGGAACGUACGAAAAAAAUAGGUCGUUUUUACAUCGACGUCCUAAAUGACCUGGGUAUUUGGCAGCGUCUGCCAGCGAAAGUACAGUGGCGACUCUGUGGGGCUUCGUCUGCUGGAAAUUUGACGUGGAAGAAAAUUUUUCCCGCAACACCUCAGACCGAUCAAGUUCAAGAAAGUGUUGAUUCUUCAUCGACGAACAAACACGAUCAACGGGAGGUACUAGACGACAGACGUCAUAAUACAGCAACAUCAAGAGCAGGCCAUCCUCCAAACACUUCUCGUGGUGCCGACCCUUGGAUGGCUAAGAUGAUUCGUACAAAUUUAAAGCCUCAACUCAGACCCACAGAGCGGCAGAUCGACAAGCAAUUCGACAAGGGGAAACAGAAACUGCGCAAACUAGGCGAGGACGAUCACUGCUUUUUGAACAUGAAAAAGCAACGACAAAGGGCUAAGGUUAUCCAGUCGCUUGUGGUAGCAAAGAAAAGGUUAUGGUUAGCGCUCCUCUGGAGGUACUAGAUUACUGGUUGGCCUCGCAAGUAGACGAUAAUAGCUACACAAGAGGUGCCAUGACAUGACAUGACAAAAGUCGCUGUUUUUGAUUUCCUCUAUUCUUGCAUGCAGCUUCACGAUAUUGUUCAAAGGAGAUCAUCUGAUGAUUGUGCUCCUUUGUUAUGCUCCUCUUUGUUAAUGCUCCUUAUAGGACUUUGUCCUCCUGCUUUUUCCAAUGCCAUUAUAGAAUUAUGCGAGCAUAAUCUCUAUCUCCCCUUCCCUUUCCCAUUCCCACCCCUUCAUUUCCACGCCACGGAUUGCUCUCCGACGACGACCCUGUGGGCGCAGGUAGUAUGGAGCGUGAAGGCGGAGUUUGGAUGGAUCCAGUAAGACGCGAAUGGCGUCAUAGAUGGCGGAAAGAGUUCCAGAGGGAAGGCGCUAGCGAAGAAGCGAGGCUUGGCCGAACGGCUAUGCAGGAUGUCGUACAGAGAAUGAGGAACUUUGCAGGGUAAAAAGAACAGGGAAACUUCAGAUGUCGUACAGACAAUGAGGAACUCUGCUCGGUAAAAACAACAGGAAAACUUGUUCGGCUAGAAUUAAUGAAUUAUAAGUUGUUGUCACUUGCACUUGGAUGCAUAGCAAAAACAUUUUGAUUUCGGUAGUUCUUUCGCAACGCGUGUAUGAUGUUGAUGACAACUACACUGAAUGAUGAUGGACGAUUUUUAUCGCGCUUUUGCUGCUGCUCCUACGCCUAUGUGAUGGCACAAAGAACUCAAACGGCCAUGCAUUAGCUCACGCGGAC